GGCAUUUCGCCUGAAGUGACUGUCUGUUGCUGUGCCCAAGAGGAAUGUGCUUGUUCUAUUCACAAGAACAUAAUAUUCCCCCGCAAUGCAAUCUUCAAGUCCCACCAGUUGAAGUAGUAGUUUAGAUGCCGUACGUAACUUUUUUUAAAUUCUGCCUAGUUAUUAGGCCUCUUUUGAUGUAGUUUUCAAAAUGUCCACACGAGGGCAGCAAUAAAUUAGCCUUUGUGCGUGCACCGAAGUUCUUCCGGGUGGUCUCAGAGAUGUAAACAUCAGGCAGUCCAAGCUGUACAGAAAUGUUGUUCCUCCGUACCGCGGCUGUCGGCUUCAGGACAGUGGCCGCAGUGCGCUGCCUGUGCUCCGGCCACACCGCCUCCCGGAGCACCGCUGCAUACAUCCAAGGCCAAAGCCCCGAGCCUCGUAUCAGGUACUUUUACUACAUCGACCACCAGGGACAGCUUUUUCUUGAUGACACCAAAGUGAAGAACUUUGUCACCUGUUUCAAAGAUAAACAGUUCUUGGUUUUCUUCUUCAGUCGGCUGCGGUUGAAUCAGAGUGGACGAUAUGAGGAGGCUUUCCCUUUUGUGUCCCCAUGUGGCCGGGAGAGAAACUUUGUGAGGUGUGAUGACCGGCCUGUUGUCUUCACUCACCUCAUACAUGGAGGACAUUCAGAGGCACAACUGCUGUCCUACUGUGGAGGGGCAGAGAAGCUUACAGCCCCAUUUCGCCCCGAGGCUCUGUACAUGCACCCAGACACUGGACGAGUGUACCACCCCUGCUCAGACAGGACAGGAGGAGUGGGACUGGUCCGCUCAGCUUUGGCCAUAGAAUUAAGCACCAACUUUGUUUAUGCAACAGAUGAGAGCCAGUCUGGACAGCCAAGUCACUUUGUAUGGGGUGGUAAACAGCAUGAACUGACCAAUGAGCUUGCAGGAUAUUUCACAUCUGUAAAGGAUGGCAGUGGAAAGCAGGGAGGGGUUGGAUAAGGCCAUGUAGUCCUGAGUGGCCAAAUAUGGCAUAUAAAACAUUCAAACACCAUUUUGCUGAUUGUAAUGACUACCUGGUAUUUAUCUGAAUUAACAUAAACAUAAAAAUAAAAAUAUAGUAAAAUUCUAGCAAUUGUUUUUAAUUUAACAAUUUUAUGUUUAAGAAUUACUGAAAUUACUUGAUGAAAAGAACAAACAACUGUGCGGUGGUGGACAUAUUAUCCAAUGCAAAGGGUAUGGCUACAUCUGACGAUAUAUGAUAUAUCUAUGAUAUGAUUUUGAUUAAGCUUCUAGAAUUAUACGUUAAUAAUAAUAAAUCUGAAUGGCAAAA